AUGGAUGUGGCCGGGGAGGACGAGGCCCUGCAGCAGUUCUUUGAAGCACAGGGGGUGAACGGCACUCUGGAGAACCUGGCCUUGGAUACAAGAAUGCUAGAGGAGUUCUUGGGCAAUGACUUUGAUUUGGGGGCCUUGCACCACCAGCUCCCGGAUACCCCACCCUAUUCUGCACCGGACUCCAGCAGUCCUCUGCAGGUGAAAGGUGCGCGUCGCUGGACGCCGAGGUUCGCCGCCGGGAGGACGCCAGCCGCGCCCGGGACGCCGCCGCUCAGCGCCUCCGGAACCGGCCGCCCCGGCCAGGCCGCCGGGGGCUUUUACAGCUGCUGCCCGGACACCAGGCAUCCUGCCGCCCCGCUGGACCAGUCCGCGUCCUCCCGCCUGGGAAUUAGCUGUUCUUGCCAUUGGCAGCCCCUGUGCCACAGCCCUGGAGACCCAUUGCCUCCAGCCAAGAAGAGAAAGUACACACAGUCGCUGGGGGACGCCAGGGACUGCGGGGCCUGGGCCCACCUCUCCAGACCAAUGACGAGUAGGAGCAGCGACGUGCAGAGCCACGAUGGUGAGGGACAAAACGUGAUGCCUGUGGACCAGUGCGCUCCUGCUCUGAAGUGGCAGCCGUACCAGGGUGUCCUCUGGCACAGCUUAUUAAACAGUUGCUACGAAAAACUACCUGAUGUGGGCUAUAGAGUUGUAACAGACAAAGGAUUUAAUUUUUCACCAGCAGAUGAAGCUUUUGUUUGUCAAAAGAAGAACCAUUUUCAGAUAACCAUCCACAUCCAAGUUUGGGGAAAUCCAAAAUUUGUUAAAACCCAAAUGGGCCUAAAGCCAAUAGAAAUGUUUUACUUGAAAGCUUUUGGAAUUAAGGUAGAAGCCACCAAUCAAAUAAUUGCUAUUGAACAGUCCCAAGCAGAUAGAAGCAAAAACAUUUUCAAUCCUGUUAAAGUUGACCUACUGGCCGACCAGGUCACCAAAGUAACACUGGGACGAUUACACUUCAGCGAAACCACAGCAAAUAAUAUGAGAAAGAAGGGAAAACCAAAUCCUGACCAGAGAUACUUCAUGUUGGUGGUUGGACUGUAUGCUGCUCACCAAGACCAGCUCUAUCUGCUGUCUGCCCGCAUCUCGGAAAAGAUCAUCGUAAGGGCCUCUAACCCUGGGCAAUUUGAAAAUGACAGUGAUGUAUUAUGGCAGCGAGGACAAGUUCCAGAAUCCGUUGUCUGUCACGGCCGAGUAGGAAUCAACACAGAUGCACCAGAUGAAGCCCUGGUUGUCUGUGGCAACAUGAAAGUGACCGGGUCGGUGCUGCACCCAUCUGACAGCCGGGCGAAGCUCAACAUCCAGGAGGUUGACACAAAUGAACAGCUGAGAAGAAUAGCCCAAAUGAGAAUUGUUGAGUACGACUACAAGCCUGAGUUUGCAUCUGUGAUGGGAAUAAACCCUGCCCACCAAACAGGCAUGAUUGCCCAGGAGGUGCGAGAAAUCCUGCCAGCAGCCGUCAGAGAGGUUGGUGAUGUCACCUGUGAAAACGGAGAGAAGCUGGAGAACUUCCUCAUGGUCGAUAAGGACCAGAUCUUUAUGGAAAAUGUAGGUGCCGUGAAGCAGCUCUGCAAACUAACUAACAACCUUGAAGAACGAAUAGAAGAGUUAGAAGUGUGGAACAGAAAGCUGGCAAGGCUAAAGCGGCUCAGCAGCUGGAAGUCCUCAGCCAGCGAAGCCAGCUCAAUCAGCAAAUUUAGCCGAGCUGUUAGUACAUCUUCUCCAAGAAGAGCCAUUCACAAAAAACCCAACAAGGUUUAUUUUUCAGGAAAGAGACGGUUGUGUCCUAACUGGCUUUUCCAGACCUUGGUUAUAACUUUAAUUGCUGUGAUGGCAUUUUGUGUCUUUACGAUAGUGGCUCUUUACAUACUUAGCUUAAAAGAUCCAGACCGGCAUGCCUCCAGUCUCCCUCCAAGCAACCUUACCGGCUCUCAGGAGCCAGCGCUGCAGCCCACAGCCACCUCCUCAGCACCCAACAUGUCCCUGGCAACCACACAGGCCUCUUUCCAAGCACCUGAAAUUACAUUCUGUGACAUUCUGCCCUGUGAGGAGACUCACUGCUGUCCCCUCUGGGGAAUGAGAAGAGUCUUUUCCAGUUCUGUGCAAAAGCACUUCCAGGAGGCGUCCCGUCAGAGGCCGGGGGCAGAAGGCAAACUCAAAUCAUUCCCAGCAAGAGAUGCUCUCACCAGCCCUGACUGGGGAAGUGACUGGAUUGAUACAACCAUCAGUUCUAUUCAGAUUAUGGAAAUUCAGCAAGUAAUAGAUCAUCGGUAUUGCAGUAGAAGCCUCCAGUGCGGGUUUGGAAAUUACAAUUUCAACAUUCCGGUUAAUAAGCACACACCCACCAAUGUCAAAUUCUCCCUGGAAAUAAACACAACAGAGCCGCUGAUCAUCUUCCAGUGCAAGUUCACCCUUGGGAAUAUCUGCUUCUACAGUAAAGGGGAAGCCAGAGGUAUCGGAAGCCAUGUUUCCCAGGAGACGACACAGGGAUACCAGCACAUCUGGAGCCUGCCUGUAGCCCGAUUCUCUGACAGCGCUUACCAUUUCCGGGUAGCUGCUCCGGACUUAGCUGACUGUUCCACUGACCCUUACUUCGCUGGGAUGUUCUUCACAGAUUACUUCUUCUACUUCUACCGGCACUGUGCCUAA